UACAUAAUUCAUCUUUAUGUUUUAUUCAUUUCAGGAGGAAAUCUCUCGGAAGAGCAGCCUUAACGAAAUAGGUCAGAAAAUGUCGGUGACUGGAGGCAGCCUCUCGAUGGGACAUUUCAACUGCACUUUACCGUUUGCAGUGUGGAGAGAAUAUAUUGAUACUGUUAAAUCUAACUCUGUGACCCUGGAUGAGGAUAGCGCGCAUCCGGAGCUCGAGGUGUCCGGGAGUCUGAUGAAUGUGAGAUUGACCGGGGUCAGGAGAAGCCUCGGCAACAACAGGAAGGGGUUUAUGGAAUGUCUCUGAGCGCUGGGAUCGGAGGGAUUCACAUCGGGGAGACAUUAGUGGGAGGUGGAGGUGGCGGGGAGUCGCCGCUGGAGUCUGGGAGUCGCCGCAGAGUCUGUGGAGAGGAAGAGAUGGGUCGACCUGAAACCAGAGGAAGGAUUCUGGACCAUCGAGAGAUAUCACGAGGAGGUUUCCACAAGCAAUUCUUCCCAGACCCCUCUCUCAGCCGGUCCCGUUCCCGGGAGGGUGGGAGUUUACCUCAGUUACGAAUCGGGGUCAGUCUCAUUUUAUGAUGCGGACACCAAGUCCCACCUCCACACCUUCACCGGGAAUAAAUUCGUGGGGAAAAUGUAUCCCUUCUUUGGUGCUUGGGAUGAAAAUCAAUGGCUGAAGAUAUGCUUCAUUCCCUGCUCGAAUCAGUAAAAGGGUCGGGCCCCGGGACCGGCGUCAUGAGCGGGGCUGAGGGGCUGUCUUUGGCUGUGGGGCAGAAACCGUGCGGAAAACAGGUUGGCGCUGAACCGGUUGUAUU